UUGUCGUUGUACGCGCUUCGCUGGCGUUUUCAAUUUCAAUCCGAUUCAUAUAGUUAUAGAUUAUAUAACAUAUAUAACAAUGUCGCGAUUGUCCAGCUCCACAUAUAGUUCCAUAUGUCUUCUGAUUGCUCUGCAUUUCGUGUGGCUGUUGAUGGCGACAGCGAAGCCAGCGUCCAACGGCAACAGCAGCAGCAGCUUGCCUUCACUUGCGCUUUCACGUGACGGUGCCACGCCCACAAGCACAGGUAACAAGCACAUUGUGAGCUUUGUGAAUUCGAAGCGUGGCUCCGCUCCACAUGCAGAAUUCGAUUUUGAACGCAACGAGGCAGAGGCCAUCAAUUCGGUUCAAGUGCAGCAGCUGUUCGGCAGCCUGUUGCAGUUGCAAGGACCCAGUAACAAUACCCUAGACACAGAUGAUGCGCCUGACAGCGAGCGCAAUACACUGGACGAUGAAUUCACUCUGAUGGAGUCGGUCAGUGAGCAGCACGAAAGUUCCACAGAGCAGCCAGACACGUGGCAUCGCAUCAAGCUGGCCAUACCAGUGCUAGAGCCGGUCAAGCAUCUGGUGAAUACAGUGGGCGGCGGAGGGGUCAACAAUACGCAUGUGAUCAACAAUACGCAUCGGCUGAUCGGACAUAGUGGAGUGCAUCAUGCAACGCAUCCGCAUAGUAACAACACCUCGCCGGCUAUUGAGACGGAGGAGGAUCGCGAGGAGGCCAUCGAUAGCACAGGUUUUGAUCUCCUCGAAACGCUGGGCACAGCGGGCACUGUUCUUUGGGGCAUGCUGCAGAAUCUGAGAAGACUAUUUGCGGCUAGUGCCGGCAAUGCCAGCACCGCUUUCUCAGGUGGUGGCGGCGGUGGUGGUGCAGCCUCUGCGAACUAAUUGCAACGGGUUUUGUGUACUGUGAUUAAUCUUAGCGCUUAUCUUGGGGCUUUUUCAAUGUUUAAUACUAAUGAAAUAUACGACAAUUAAAUUAUAUAUAAA